AUGAGUCACAAAUACCAGGUUGGCCAGUUGGUGGCAGUGCGAGAUGACGAGGAAGAACCCUGGCAAUGUGGACGGAUAGCUUCUGUGGAUCCGAUUUUAGUGAAGCGAAGGCCCAGGAGUGCCCCGUUGACAUUCAACCUUGUUUCCCCCUUGGAAGCUUUGGACGACAAAGACAUCAAAGGAUUGGUUGGUUUCGAUCAGCAAAUGCGAAAUCAGCUAGAUAAUGGGCAUGCAACUCCGCCAGUGGGUUUGAGUCCUGAAGAUCAAUCUGCAUAUAAGGGCAUGCUGUCCAAAGCUGCAUGGCUUUUUGCCAAUACUAUGCUGAUGCUGGCAGCUUUGAGCCCCGUUUUCUUCAACCUGGUUUGGCUCACACUGGCAAAUGUGGUCAACAAGGGGGAAGAUCGACAAGACUACUGGUGGUAUGUUUUGUUUUUUGACAACUACUUUAUGGUUGUCAAGGGUGGAAUGUUCACACUUUUCUUCUUGACGUUCCUUCCCAAGCCUGCAGGGGGCCACAAGCGUUUUCUUUUCAUCAUGUUUGCUGUGAUGUGGCCGUUGUGCUCAUUUUGCAUCCAUCUGCUCUGGCUUGCCUUGGAUUUGCAUUCAUGGGGUAUUUUGAAAUUGAAUUUCCCCUUGGGUGCAUCCAUAGCUGUUUUUGCUUGGAUGCCGGUUUGCAUCUUCGUGCAGUACAAGAAAAGUGAACGCUACUUUGCAACCAAACGCUUUGUUGUCAUAGUGGUGAUUCUGGUGGCAGAUCUGAUUUUCAUCAGCUCAUCUCACGCCAUUGUCCUUGGCUUCAAAUCAUCCUCCGAAUGGGACUUUGGACUACCUGACGCCCAGCUUGCCAGAGCGGUCAUGGAUUUGCUUUGGGUACUCGGCUUUACACAAGUCUACAUGCCGUUGUUAGCUAAGGUGUGGCAGAUCGGCCUGUUCCUCUUUGAUACCAUGGCACCUUUUCCCGAGAUUGUCAGACAACGGAUGCUGUACUUUGCGACAGUCAUCUUAGAUAUGCACCGAUACAUGUAUCUGCGAGAGAUGUUGUACAUGGCAAGGGUUGAAGUUGUCGCCUUUGUGGUUUUGAAGGACAUGGUCUUUGACAUCUAUCACUUCGGGAUCAAGUCGUCUCCAGCUUUUCAAUCCUUGCAGCUCAUGGGCGUGCCUUCUUGGAAGGUUUUCUUGGGCAUUGCAGAACAAAGGUGGUCCAAGUAUCGUUAUUUGGAGCGGCUGACUUGUCUCCUGUCAGUCUUUGCAACCUGCCUGGAAGUCCCACAGCGGUUUGUCGCCGUCUUUACCUGGACCAUAGAUGCAGAAUAUCCUCACGAAACAACGACGUACUACUUCUAUUUUGCUGAGACCAAGGUAAAACUGGCCAAUGUCCCCGUGGAGUUUGACGACAAAUUCAAGGUCUGGGCGAAUGAAAAGGCAGCAGAGCGUGAACGUGCAGCAAAGGCUGUACGACCCAAGCCAGUUCGCUUCGAAGUGGCUUUGGCAAAUGAGGCAGUACAAAGAAGCGGUCGGGAAUGGGGCAAAGUAUGGGAUGGCUUCGCCGACCCUUCCCGAUUCCGCUUCUUUCAACUGCUCACAGUGCAGCUUGGUGGCAUCGUGUUUUGCCGCUUUUGGCCGCGAAUGGGUUGCAAGCUUGCAAGUAGCCUGAUGCUUCUUUUGGCAGGAACCAUGAUUCGAUUGAGCCCAUCGAAGGACGUUCUGAAUUAUGUCCAUGAUCAUACAGCGCCUCGCGAUCUGUUUUCAUGGGUGGUUCCUUCUGCGAUCCUUUUCUGUGACAUCUUCGAGUUGAUCGUUGUGCAGUGGCUGCAAAGUGCUGAUCCUGCAUUGAUCAAAUAUCGACUUUGUCGUUUUGCUCGACUCUUCCUGGAUCCUGUCCUAGCUGGCAUGGUGUUAAGCUGCCACAUUUGUUGCAACAGCGAUGUGUACCUCACAUUCGCAAAGCUGAAAUUCUGCAAAGGAGUUCCUACAAAGGAGAUUCGUUUGCACGGAAAUGACGUGCAAACAAUGCAGGGAGACUUCGAGGUUGGCCAGUUGGUGGCAGUGCGAGAUGACGAGGAAGAACCCUGGCAAUGUGGACGGAUAGCUUCUGUGGAUCCGAUUUUAGUGAAGCGAAGGCCCAGGAGUGCCCCGUUGACAUUCAACCUUGUUUCCCCCUUGGAAGCUUUGGACGACAAAGACAUCAAAGGAUUGGUUGGUUUCGAUCAGCAAAUGCGAAAUCAGCUAGAUAAUGGGCAUGCAACUCCGCCAGUGGGUUUGAGUCCUGAAGAUCAAUCUGCAUAUAAGGGCAUGCCGUCCAAAGCUGCAUGGCUUUUUGCCAAUACUAUGCUGAUGCUGGCAGCUUUGAGCCCCGUUUUCUUCAACCUGGUUUGGCUCACACUGGCAAAUGUGGUCAACAAGGGGGAAGAUCGACAAGACUACUGGUGGUAUGUGCUGGUUUUUGACAACUAUUUCAUGAUCAUCAAGGGUGGAAUGUUCACACUCUUCUUUUUGAAAUUCCUUCCGAAACCCGAAGGUUCGACUCUCUUGGAAGAACCUGUGCCAGCAUGCCUCUUGGUGGCAGCGGGCCGUUGGGGCGCUGGAAACAUGGCAGACAGACUGGCCGGACCUACGCUGCUGGCUUCCACUGAGUGCUCUGCGUUGGGCGCUCGGGUUGGCCAGUUGGUGGCAGUGCGAGAUGACGAGGAAGAACCCUGGCAAUGUGGACGGAUAGCUUCUGUGGAUCCGAUUUUAGUGAAGCGAAGGCCCAGGAGUGCCCCGUUGACAUUCAACCUUGUUUCCCCCUUGGAAGCUUUGGACGACAAAGACAUCAAAGGAUUGGUUGGUUUCGAUCAGCAAAUGCGAAAUCAGCUAGAUAAUGGGCAUGCAACUCCGCCAGUGGGUUUGAGUCCUGAAGAUCAAUCUGCAUAUAAGGGCAUGCUGUCCAAAGCUGCAUGGCUUUUUGCCAAUACUAUGCUGAUGCUGGCAGCUUUGAGCCCCGUUUUCUUCAACCUGGUUUGGCUCACACUGGCAAAUGUGGUCAACAAGGGGGAAGAUCGACAAGACUACUGGUGGUAUGUUUUGUUUUUUGACAACUACUUUAUGGUUGUCAAGGGUGGAAUGUUCACACUUUUCUUCUUGACGUUCCUUCCCAAGCCUGCAGGGGGCCACAAGCGUUUUCUUUUCAUCAUGUUUGCUGUGAUGUGGCCGUUGUGCUCAUUUUGCAUCCAUCUGCUCUGGCUUGCCUUGGAUUUGCAUUCAUGGGGUAUUUUGAAAUUGAAUUUCCCCUUGGGUGCAUCCAUAGCUGUUUUUGCUUGGAUGCCGGUUUGCAUCUUCGUGCAGUACAAGAAAAGUGAACGCUACUUUGCAACCAAACGCUUUGUUGUCAUAGUGGUGAUUCUGGUGGCAGAUCUGAUUUUCAUCAGCUCAUCUCACGCCAUUGUCCUUGGCUUCAAAUCAUCCUCCGAAUGGGACUUUGGACUACCUGACGCCCAGCUUGCCAGAGCGGUCAUGGAUUUGCUUUGGGUACUCGGCUUUACACAAGUCUACAUGCCGUUGUUAGCUAAGGUGUGGCAGAUCGGCCUGUUCCUCUUUGAUACCAUGGCACCUUUUCCCGAGAUUGUCAGACAACGGAUGCUGUACUUUGCGACAGUCAUCUUAGAUAUGCACCGAUACAUGUAUCUGCGAGAGAUGUUGUACAUGGCAAGGGUUGAAGUUGUCGCCUUUGUGGUUUUGAAGGACAUGGUCUUUGACAUCUAUCACUUCGGGAUCAAGUCGUCUCCAGCUUUUCAAUCCUUGCAGCUCAUGGGCGUGCCUUCUUGGAAGGUUUUCUUGGGCAUUGCAGAACAAAGGUGGUCCAAGUAUCGUUAUUUGGAGCGGCUGACUUGUCUCCUGUCAGUCUUUGCAACCUGCCUGGAAGUCCCACAGCGGUUUGUCGCCGUCUUUACCUGGACCAUAGAUGCAGAAUAUCCUCACGAAACAACGACGUACUACUUCUAUUUUGCUGAGACCAAGGUAAAACUGGCCAAUGUCCCCGUGGAGUUUGACGACAAAUUCAAGGUCUGGGCGAAUGAAAAGGCAGCAGAGCGUGAACGUGCAGCAAAGGCUGUACGACCCAAGCCAGUUCGCUUCGAAGUGGCUUUGGCAAAUGAGGCAGUACAAAGAAGCGGUCGGGAAUGGGGCAAAGUAUGGGAUGGCUUCGCCGACCCUUCCCGAUUCCGCUUCUUUCAACUGCUCACAGUGCAGCUUGGUGGCAUCGUGUUUUGCCGCUUUUGGCCGCGAAUGGGUUGCAAGCUUGCAAGUAGCCUGAUGCUUCUUUUGGCAGGAACCAUGAUUCGAUUGAGCCCAUCGAAGGACGUUCUGAAUUAUGUCCAUGAUCAUACAGCGCCUCGCGAUCUGUUUUCAUGGGUGGUUCCUUCUGCGAUCCUUUUCUGUGACAUCUUCGAGUUGAUCGUUGUGCAGUGGCUGCAAAGUGCUGAUCCUGCAUUGAUCAAAUAUCGACUUUGUCGUUUUGCUCGACUCUUCCUGGAUCCUGUCCUAGCUGGCAUGGUGUUAAGCUGCCACAUUUGUUGCAACAGCGAUGUGUACCUCACAUUCGCAAAGCUGAAAUUCUGA